UCCUACAAUCGAUACCAUGGCAUUCAAGUUCGUAGUACUCUUGGCCUUCCUGGCGAGCGCCAACGCAGGCCUCAUUGGCGCGCACUACUCGCCGUUGGCACUUCCGGUUCCGUUGGCGUACGCCAGCGCACCGGCGGCAGUCAUCACCAAGACCGUGGACGCCGAGUACGACCCCCACCCUCAGUACAGCUACGCCUACGACGUGCAGGACUCGCUGACCGGCGACUCCAAGUCCCAGCACGAGACUCGCGACGGAGACGUCGUCAAGGGCAGCUACUCUCUCCUGGAGGCCGACGGCACCAGGCGGACCGUCGACUACACCGCCGACGACGUCAACGGAUUCAACGCCGUCGUCAGGAAGGAGCCGGUCGUCUACUCGGCCCCAGUGGCUCAAGCCGUCCUCAAGACCGUCCUUCCCGCCGAGACGACCGUCUCCCAGUACUCCACCGGCUUCACGCACCACGCCUACGCUGUCCCCCAAGUCUACGCGAACGUCGCCCAAUGGUGAACAAUGUCAACUAUGUCAACAAUGUGAUCCACAACUGAUCUUUCGCCAAUAAAUUUAUUCAAUUCGCAAACUAUUUCUUCCCUUUUUCUUUUCAUUUAAAAAUAUUAAUUCCUCUACCCUUAUAAAAUUUGGGACAUUAUUGCUCUCUAUAUACUGACUUUUGCACCUCCUUUGCAAAAGGAAAAUUGAUCCACUGGUUAUUCUUGCAAGUUUUUUAUCAAUUAAAAAUUAAAACUAAUGGUGAAAAUCGUGAUAUCUCUGUACAUAAGUAGUAAAGGUCACUUUCAGUCAGACAUGACGAUUUUUAUCCUUACAAUUUCGUCACAAGUAGUCAGACAUCGUGCAGUUUUUUAUUCAAUUAAUUAAAAGCUAGUUUAAGGACUAAAUCCACCAACCUCAAUUAAAAAUUAAUCUUUGAUUAAAGCCAGUUUUAAUCGGUAUUGGUGAAACUGGCCCUGAGCUCUAAUUCUGUCCCAGUAGUAACAAUAAAUUAUAGCCAGACGUUUUUAACACGUGCAAAUUGACC